UCUAGGAAAGUAAAUCAGGAAAAGGAAAUGCGCUCCCGAUCAACAGCAGCGUGACGCAGAUAGGAAAGGAAAUUGAAGGACGGAAUUCAAAGGAAAUUCGUAAAGCCGUAGGCGCUCAUAUGAUUGUUUUGAUGGGGUUGAACAAAGUGGAUGGUUGCUGGGCCAUAUGUACCAGGACACAGUCCUUUGGGUAUCGUCAGAGGUAUGCUCGGGCACGCGCCGAGGCGUCGCCUCGCGAAUACUCUCGAAGCCAUUGGCAUGAGAUGUUAGCGCUCGGAGAGUGGUUUGGAGCGCGUCGCCAAAAUCUCGAGCGCUGUAUGGUGUUGGUGAUGCAAGAGUGUGGUUGUAGGCGCUGGCAGACAAUAGGCGCUAUCCGCGAUUGGGACACGUACCUAAGCGCCGACCACUCAACCGACCUAUUAUUGUUUCCCACCAACACGCGAGCAUCAAUUGACUGUCGUCCAGGCACCUCACGCACCUUGGCCUACGUUCUGUACGUUGCCCCGUUGCAAUCUGAACCUAUCAUUAUCGUGCUGUCGUGCGAUACCGUUCUCGUACCAUCCAGUGUCAUUCUCUGUCUUCGUCCUGCUUCUCGUUCUCGUAGCACCGCCGUGUUCUUCUCCGUAGCCUGAUGGAGCAUUGCCUGAAGAUAUGGAAGCCCAAUCUCAAGUAGAGUAAUCAUGCUCUCUCUCACGCCACGGUGCCUCAUACUCAAACUACAAACUGAUCGUUCAUACAAGAGGCGCGGGCGGGACUGUCCGUUUGGGCGUGAGAACCUUCAGUUUACCCGUCGACCCAUCCUGCACACAUAUGCGGCUGACAUGCACCAUGCGACCCAAACGGGAGCUUAUCGAUUGCUCAGCCCUCCCACACCCGCAUUGCCCAGGGUUACCCAGAUCUCAAGUUUAGAAACAAUAAAGUGAGAUUUCAACCGAGAUCCUCCAUUCGAACAACCGAAAGGUUCGCAUCUCGCUCCAAUGAUGCACUCGGAAUAAAUCCACCUC